AAAUGAAGCUUCUUUUGAAAGAGGCAUUCCCUUCCUGUUGAUGACAGCUUUUUAAAAAUUCAUUAAUCUUGUAGUGGAAUAUAUUGGAGCCUUUCCCUACCGGUCACCACCAGCAAUUGGGUGGCUGCAUUUGUAGCAUUCAAGUGGACUUCAAAGCUGGGAAACUGGAAUGUAUUUGAAUACAGUUGUGAAAAGAAUUGAUAAGGAAUGGAAAGGGGCAGUGAUUGAUGUUAGCCUUGAACCACCAAAGGCCCAUGAGUGGUAGCUCACUAAAACCACUAUCCAGUGGUAGUUUUACAUCGUCCUCUCUGAGGUUUGCAUUAGACCACUGUCCAUUUUCAGGCUCCUCUGCACAUCCACAAGGUUGAUAAACCUGGUUUAAAACAUACUUAAAAGCUGGGAUUUCCUAAGGGGGAGGAGAACACUAACUACUUUGUGAGAUUCAUGUACUUUUGUGACAAUCCCAUAAAUACAUGAAAUAUAGGCAGAACAAUUACGAUACACAGUAAAAAGUUGCAAAGGUGUACUUUGGUGUAAUCCCAAAACCUAUAUAAUGACGCCUGUGAUUCUUGGGACUGAACCAUCCCAUGAACUUCUUGCCCAGAGUAGGGCAACUAGCUAAGACACAUGCGAUCUCCAAAUUUUCUGUUCCCAGUAGUGCUGCCAGCAGAUCCGUUCCUCUGUGCAGACUUAGUUUUACAGAUUCUUGUUACUCUAUGCAUAUUGCUAACUGUAUGCUGUUAAUUCCUUGUUCCCUCUCACAGAAGCUUUGGAGGAAAGUGUGGGCCCAGCUCUUUGCUGAUAGCCCCUCUGGUGUUGCGCGACUCGAGUACUUUGAAACACGUGAAGGCGUUGCAGCAGAGAAGGCAACUCUGCGCAAGGGUGACUGCAAAGUGAUCCGCCUCUCAGACUGUGUCUCUGUGGAACGGGCUGGUGAACACAGUUCACCCAAGGACACAGCGCCCUUCUACUUGCGCAUGAUGGCACGCAACUACAUUAUGGCAGCAGAAGAACCAGAUGACUGGAUAGAGUGUGUCUGCCAGCUGGCUUUUCAGAGAAUGCCUGCUUCAUCAAGCACAGCUGGAAGUAGCCUCAAGCCAAAGGCCCAAAUGGAGGAGAAUGUCAUCUACUCCUCCUGGCAGGAAACUUGUGAAUUCCCAGUGGUAGUGUUCCAUACAGAGGCUUCUUCCAGGUGUGGCCUGAAAGGGAAUUACCUGCUAGUGACUUUAUCUGAACACUUGGAGCUGAAGGACUCACAAUCUGGGAAAACACUUUAUACCUGGCCUUAUGCUUUCCUCCGACGAUUUGGCCAGGACAAGACCGUGUUCUCUUUUGAGGCAGGGCGCCGUUGCGAUUCAGGAGAAGGCCUCUUUACUUUUAACACCAUUCGGGCUGCAGAGAUCUACAGGAUUGUCUCAGCUGCCAUAGACCACCAAAAAGCCACUCUUCUUGAAGCAGAAAAGAAACCUGGGAUUUCCCCAGUCCAAGACUGUAUGCAGAAGUCGGGAGACUGGUCAUGGCCCACCACCACGGAGAGCCUGGAGGAGAUGUAUGCAGGAACUCCAAAGGCACUUGUGGAAAUGAGACUCCCAGCUGUGCCUGUUAAUGAUAGCCAUUCUGUUUCCCCAGAAAUGGGGACUCCAGAGCCACCCAUCAUCUAUGCCUCUAUUGGCAAGAGCUUACCACUCUUAUUCCAGCCCUGGGCUGAAACAGAAUCCAAGGAGCAUGUAGGGCAGCUCUCAGACCAUCUCUAUGAGAACCUGUGUGCUCGAGAGCAACAUACCUUCUCUCCAAGUCCUCCUAACCUCACUUACAGAGAUUCCUCGGAGGGCAGGAACAACAAUCCAUCGCCCAUCUAUGACAACAGUCCUGCUAUGACAACAUGCUCAAGUAGUCAUCCUGGCAUGAGCCCCAGUGUAGAGGCUGAUUCUUUCUCAGAAAGCCAGUACCACCACUUGCUGCUUUGUCAGGUGACAGAGGGUAAAGUUGAAGGUGAAGGGGAGUCCCUGGUUAAUCCUAAACCAAAAACUAGAGGAACUGCUGCUUUGAAGCACAAAUUGGUCUCCUUGUUGAGCAGAGAUGGAGGAGUGAAGACAUCUGGCAAGAACACUAGUCCUGUGGACAAAUUGUAACGAGCCCUUCAGCUGCAGGGGACCCACACCGUAGGGCAUGAAUGUCUUCCAUUCAUUUCCCCCCCUGUGCAUUAUUAUCCUUGAAGACUUGACAGGAAUAGUCUUUGAUCUACAGUCUCUUAGAACAGAUUGUGGUGGCUUGGGGACAAGGUAAACUGAAAGCCCCUCUCUUCAACUGAAUCAUUCUUGGAUAGUUAAAGAUGGGAGUGAUUCUAGCUGGGUCAAUGGAUAUAAAGGAACCUGAAAAACUUGGAUGGAUAUGUAUUUUUUUCCCUUUGUGUCUCAAUAAAUGA